AUGGGGAGCUGUGGCCUCCGACCAUCCUACGAGUCCUUCCAGAAGACUGGCAAGAGGAUUGGCACAGGGACAGACGUCAAGCCUGGGGAAUUCCCGUGGCUCGUGAGCAUCCAGAGCCAUGGGAAGCACAUCUGUGGAGGCACCAUCAUCAGUGCACUGUGGAUUUUAACUGCAGCCCACUGCUUUGCAGAUGAGCUGCCACCAGAUCUGAGGGUGGCAGUGGGGGGAGUUGACCUCAGCUUCCCGCUGGAGGAGCACAACCCGGACAGCCUGAUCCUGCACGAGGAGUUCAACAGGACCAGCCUGCAAAACGACAUUGCCCUGAUCCUGCUCAGCAGUCCCAUCAAGUUCAGCAUGCAGAAAAGUCCCAUCUGCCUGCCCUUCGUGUGUGACAUGGACACGUGGCAGCACUGCUGGGCUGCUGGCUGGCAGGGCACAAGUGCAGCAUCCCAUGUGCUGCAGAAAACAAGGACGAAGCUGAUCAGCAGAGAGAAAUGCCUGAAGCACAUCCCACACCUCAUGGGGGGAAUGAUGUGUGCUGAGACAGAGCAAGGAGAAGGAGGAGGAGGAGGAGGAGGCUGCCAGGUGGACAGCGGGGGACCUCUGGUCUGCAGCUACUGGAACACCGUGAAGUGGUUCCAGGUGGACAGCGGGGGACCUCUGGUCUGCAGCUACUGGAACACCGUGAAGUGGUUCCAGGUCGGCAUCAUCAGUGGAGGAAACCCAAACCACAGGAUUUUAACACCUGUUUACAGCUACCAGGACUGGAUUGAAAAGGAAACAGCCAUAAGGGGAAAACCUUUCUUCACUGAGGGUGUAGACAUUUCUUUCUCCUUGCCCGUGCUGCAGGUGAGGAACUGGCUGAUUCAACACGAGUAG